AUGCCCAGGCAUAUUAAACUACCAAAGCGAUGUGGGCAAAACCGCGCUGCAUCUGGCGGCUGGAAAUGGGCAUCUACAGACGACACAACUUCUGCUACUGCAAGAGGCAAGUACCACAACACACCAGAUAUGACUGGCCUACAUCUGUGUAUAUCACGUGAGAUCAUACCUACAUGUGUAUAUCAUGAUUUGGACCUAUUGGCACGAGACGAAUUGGGGCGAACGGCGGUGGAUCUGGCAAUGGGCGAUGUUGCCAAGACCAUCGACAGGGAGAUGCGCAAAAGAAAGAGACGAACCGCGGCCGGUGAUACAAACAGAGUUGACGACGCCUUCACAAUAAAACCAAACGUGGUCACAUCUAACGAGCCUGAAGUGGAAUUCGAUCAUACGCCGCUUUUAGAGAGAAUGGAAUCAGAAUUCGCAGCGAAUGCCAACAGCGACGAUCCAAUCAAGAGACCAAACGGAGUGCCCUAUGAAGAAGUGACAACAGACUACAAGGAAUCGUUUUAUGGCAUACUCGCCGUUACCAAAGAUGCAACCGAAUCCGACAUAAAGACGGUGAGUACGGGCACAAAUUUUGAAGAAUGA